AUGGUAUGUCUAUUAAUACUACUAGCAGUACUUCUUAUCGAGGAAAUCAAUGUCGGCACAGGUUUUGUUACUGUGAUGAACUAUUAUGGAAAAGAGGUGGUGAUCCCGAUUACAGCGAAAAGAGUCGUAGUUUUGACAGCAAAUUAUAUUGGAAUGGAUUUGCUUUGUUCAGAGGCGGGGCUACGGAUAGCUAUUGUUGUCGUGGUCCAAGACAAUUCGAAUAAGGAACAGUAUCAACAGGCACAAGACACAGUGGCAUGCUAUGCAGCCUAUCACCGCUAUCCAUUUCACUUUGUCGUUGUCAGCGAUAAUGUCACUUUAACACGAAUUUGCCCUCAGAAGGACUUCAUGUUUCAACGACACUGCGUAGUUGCUCAAAUGAUGAGCUCGUGGAAAGAAGAAUGGCUGCUCUUCCUAGAUGCAGACAUGGCCAUCAUAAAUCCGAAUCAUUUAAUUGAAGAAUAUAUUCCUAGUGAUCCUGAUAUCCAUAUAGUCUUCUAUAAAAGAAUAUUUAAUCAUGAAGUAAUGGCUGGAUCUUACCUCGCACGCAACUCCAAUUUCUCUUUCAACUUCCUCAUGUAUUGGAGCAAUUACGAGUAUAGGCUUCCACAAAGUUUCCAUGGAUCGGAUAAUGGUGCCAUUCACAGUGUCAUAGCCUCUUACGAACUCCCUUCUCAAGACGCUUCUCGCAGGAUAUGUGAAAAGUUUUGGUUGGCUGCAAAAGAUUAUGAUUCUCUGUCUGUUUAUGAGGUUUGCAUGCAAAUGAUUCUAUCGUCUAACCAGCUAAAGCACAUUCUCAUACUGCCCAAGGGUUCGUCAUCAUGGGCACGUGAUGGUUGGCUAACGAACUCAGCUUGGUGUGAAGGGGAUUUCAUACUCCAUGGAUGGCAGAAAAGAAGAAAGGACAAAAUGCGUUUUGCUCGAUGGCACUCACCAUUCGUGGACACAGUCUGGAAUCCGAAUUUGUGUGAGGGAUCCAACGCCUAUAUUAAUUGGAGGUACAAGGACAGCUUCAUUGAGAAGAAUGAAGACAUUCGGAAGAGACUGAGUGUAACGAUUGGUCGUGUUGAGGCAGAUUUCGAGAUCAUCAAAGCAACUCUGAGGAAGGACUGA